GAUACUACAACCUCUCACGCCCUGCUCUGCCAUUGGCUGGUGUGUUAUCGGAAGGCCUCUUUGUGUGUGUCAUCGUCGGAUGAGAGAGAGAGAGAGAGAGAGAGAGAGAGAGAGAGAGAGAGAGAGAGAGAGAGAGAGGCGGUCUAGCUUGUCAGACAGCCAGCAUGUGGAGGAGAGCGGCGGAGGAGACGAUACAUUGUAUUUGUAUCGGCCUGAGUUCAUUAUGACGCGGUGAAGUGAGUUACUUUGAUGUUUUGGUUGUCAUGUAUAAAACAAGCAUGUGUUUCCCGGAGCGGCGGAGUGGAAACUGAAUGAGGAAACCGCUCUGCUUCCUGGCACGGCCCUGCCAUCUCCAGCUCGCGACUCAACCGGUGGAUUGGCAAAAAAAAAAAAAAGUAAGUAAAUAAAUAAAUAACAGAAAGCAGCAUCAUGGUAGCGGGCGAGCUCGUGCAAGAGCAUCUGCGCGCGGACGCCGGCGCACCUGACGACAUCUCGGUCCGCGCGGAGCAGAAGAACAGAGCCGAGCAGCCGAGCAGCGACUCCGCCGAGAGGUGCGAGGAUCUGCCGGACGGAGCGGCGCCGGCGGGCGGGGCGAACGACCUGGACUCCCCGGCUCUGGAGCAGGAGCCGCCGCCGGAUGAAAAACAGGCGAUGCUGCCCAACGGAGCGGGCGGAGGAGGCGAUACGGCCGAGGAGGAGGAAGGGAAGCCGCUGGAGACGAAGCUGUACUGCCGCCGGUUCGCCGUGCUGACCGUGUUCAGUCUGUGCUCCAUGGUGAACGCCUUCCAGUGGAUCCAGUACAGCAUCAUCGCCAACGUGAUCACCCACUACUACGGCAUCAGCAAUGACCAGGUGAACUGGCUCUCCAUCGUCUACAUGGUCGCCUACGUGCCGCUCAUCUUCCCGGCGACCUGGCUGCUGGACUGGAAGGGUCUGCGGCUCACGGCGCUGCUCGGAGCCGGGCUGAACUGCGCCGGGGCCUGGCUCAAGUGCGCCAGCGUCAGCCCCGAGCUGUUCGGGGUCACCCUCACCGCGCAGAUCAUCUGCUCCGUGGCUCAGGUGUUCAUCCUCGGCCUGCCGUCACGCGUCGCCUCGGUCUGGUUUGGACCCAGGGAGGUGUCCACCGCGUGUGCCACGGCCGUGCUGGGCAACCAGCUGGGGACAGCCAUAGGUUUCCUGUUGCCUCCAGUUUUGGUUCCCAACACGGCGGACAACAUUGAAUUGAUGAGUCGCAACAUCAGCAUCAUGUUCUAUGGAACUGCCGCUGUCUCCACCGUGCUGUUCAUACUCACUGUUAUAGUCAUAAAGGAUCGUCCUGCCCUCCCUCCCAGUCAAGCCCAGGCGGUGCUGCUGGACUCUCCUGCUGAGAAUUACUCCUACGUUCAGUCCAUCGUCAACCUGUUCAGGAACAAAGCCUUUGUCCUCCUCCUCAUCAGCUAUGGUAUAAUGACCGGCUCCUUCUACUCAGUGUCCACCCUCCUCAACCAGAUGAUCAUGGCCUGCUACGAGAACCAGGAGUUGAAUGCUGGGAGAAUCGGUUUGACUCUGGUUAUCGCCGGGAUGAUCGGCUCCAUCAUCUGUGGCCUGUGGCUGGACCACACCAAGACGUACAAGAUGACGACUCUGGUUGUGUACAUCCUGUCAUUUCUGGGGAUGAUCGUCUUCACCUUCACCUUGGACCUCAACAACAUCUACCUGGUCUUCUUCACUGCUGGGGUUCUGGGGUUCUUCAUGACGGGCUACCUUCCUCUGGGCUUUGAGUUCGGAGUGGAGAUCACCUACCCGGAGCCUGAAGGAACCUCGUCUGGGCUCCUCAACGCUUUCGCUCAGAUCUUUGGGAUCAUCUUCACUCUGAUCCAGGACAAACUGACCUCAAACUACAACCCGCUGGCUGGAAACCUCUUCCUCUGCGCCUGGAUCUUCGUGGGAAUACUGCUCACUGCCUUAAUCAAGUCAGAACUGAAAAGACACAACGUCAACAUGGGAGCAGACAGCAACCACCUGCAGGCACUCCCCACUAAGUGCCCUGUGGAGUGCCCUUCAGAGGAGAAAACCAACGGAUUAAAGCUGGAACAGUCGUUCAGUUUCUCACACGAAACCUCCCUGUAACCCAGACGAGGCACUGGAUCGCAGGACAACAAAUCAAGCGCCCCUGCUGCCCUGGCAUAGACACUGGCUCCAUGCUGUAUGUGAAGUACCCAAAGGUGCACUUGAUUUUUAUUGCCACGCAUAAUACCACCAAUAUUUGGAAAGCUGAAAGCUCUUUAUGUGAGCCAAGGUUAAUCAAGCACACCUCAAGUAUUUUACAGUCACAAUCUAGAGUUGGUUUAAGCCAGGUGGGGGCGCAGCAAGGCGUGGAGGGUGUUGGUUAAAUCUCAAACAUUUCCAACACCUAUGACACUCCUCUGCAGUACAAUCCAGGUCCCCCUCACUCCCAAACACCUGCACAGAAAGGAAAAUAAGUAUUAUAUUCAGUUCAGCAGCACUUCUGUCUUAUCUUAGAAGGGCUUUUGUGGAUUGGUAACAAAAGAUUCAAGCACAACCAAGAGAAGAAUCCCAAACCUUGUGUUGCAAACAAGGUGGGCCACUGCUAUUUUGGUUCUACAAAUUCAGUUUUGAAGGAAGACAGAACAGAAGAGUCAUCUUUGGUUCCUAGAUCCCCAUCAGAAGCAAUAUUAAGGUAUGCAAGCGUCAGAGCCACAGCACUUUGACUGUAGUUGAAGCAGAUUUUCCCUGUGAUGAUUAGAGUGCCCGUAUCUGAUGGAGAAGUUAUUUUUGUACGAGUCUCCAGGUGUCUGGGAGAAAGGGCUUGAGGGUUUGGUCAUGUAUAUGGCUACUGCACGCAGCCAACAUUUCCUGAAGUUACUUGAACUAUACUUUCAUGCUCUGGAUUUAUGCCGUUGUAACGUGCACUGUAAAUGUUAUGUUAAUACUGUACAACUAGUUGUUUUCUUUGCCAAAGUCAAAGAAAACUACCCCACGAGGAUUGUUUUGAUUCCAGUGAGAAUCUGUCAGAAGAGUUGAAUCCAACCUUGUACAUUUACUGUGAUGCUGCAUCAAGUGAUCGCAUGAACAGACUGGAGCCAAGAAGUAGUACAAUUUUUAUGGUUUGUGUUAGUCUAUUUAAUGACGGCUGGGCUUUGCCACUUAGGACAGUACAUUAAGUGCCAGAAAGUUUAGACAAACCCAGGCUACCAUGUCAAUGUAACAAUUUAACUGACAGUAUCUGGGAUGUACUGAUAAGCUAAACCCUACUCAUGUGGUAUCUGGAGAAUCAUGUGCAACUACUUUUUGACCAGGUUUCACAUAUGAAAGUGUUAUCUGGGUAGAUGAAAUCCUUCCAGGACCCAACCCUGUGAUUGGCUGGUCUAAUGUGGCACAGCAGAACCAAACUAACCCCGACUAAACAAACCCAAACUCAGGCCUUCAUGGCUUUUCAUUCAGACUAGAGGUGGACAACCAUGUGCUGUGGAGGGCAAUGAGUUUGCAGGCCUCUUUCUCAGUAUGUGUUCUUGUGUUACUCUGUGUUCCCUUGCGUUUUACAUAAUAUAUCUAACUCGUUAACCCCGGUUCUAAAGCAAAAGAAUGGCAGGAUGGACAGCCCGUUCAUAUGGUGGCCAACAAUAACAAAUAAAAAGCCUCAAGAUCCAUCACAAGGAUGAUCUAAUACGCUCAAGUGGUGCUCCACAGUACAGAGCCAGAAAAUCAACAGCUGUACGUUCUGAUUAAUCAUGUCCUAUGUACAAUGUCAAAACACACCCACCUCAAACUGUGAGGAAGAACACACCCGGUUAUUUCAUUCGAUUUGUAUCCAGAUCCAAGUUUAACCACGUUGCUUUUACACCUGGUAGUCAGAUGUGUCCUCACUCAGCUAGCUGGCAAAACAAGACAAUCCACAUCCGUCCUUCCCCUCACAUCCUGUUUACUCCACCUGCUGCUUCCAGAAUAGUGAGUUUGCAUGACUUUUUAAAAAAAAAUUGUCUGAAGUUAAGGGAAAACACCGUCUGUCCGGAGGUCAGUUCGGGUGACAGAACACUCAGCUCAUUGGUGACAGAUCAGCAUUUCCAAUGAGUGAGUGGAUUAGUCAUUUUACAAAGUGUCGCUGUGUCACGUUAUACUUUUGGGAAGUACACCCAUAUAUGAGAAUUUUAGGCCUUGUCUAGACUGCCAGUAUAAAUCUGUUUUUGGCAUAUCCAGAUUGAUUUUAGAAAGUCUGGACAGCAAGAAAGAAACACAUCAAAUGUUAUUUCUGCAAUUUAAUCCAAGCCACAUUUGGAGAUGGUUUGAAAUACAAUUCUUAUCAGAUUUCUGUACUUGAAACAUAGCAGCUCAGGUUUUCUUUUGAACCAGUGACCUCACCAGAUGAUCUCACACACUAGUUCCUCCUCUGUGGUCAGAGAUGCUGAUCAGCUGGUUUAGUGUUCAGUAGAAAGGAAAACCUGCAGAUUCAGCCCUCCUUGGAGCUUUGUUUGCCCAUCACUGAUUCAGGUGAUUAAAAAGCCUGAAAGGAUUUUAUUUGGCAUUGUGAUCCAGACAGUGCAUCCUAAAGCUUUGCCACUGCUCCUCAUUUCCUCCCUUCCCUCACUAUACUACCAGUCAUCUCCCACCAGGAAAUAAGUGAAAGGAGGUGAGGAGGGAGCAUGGGAAGGUUGGAAGGAGGCAAUUUGGGAGACUUAAGUUGCUCCUCCAUUAUCAAAGAUGGAUGCUGCUAUUGAUGAAGUGUCCUCAUCAUAAUUGAGGCAACCCAAGCCCACAAUACAUCUCAAAUCCACGUUUUUAUGCACUGCUUUCACAUCAGUCUGACGUUACUGAGGUUAACCACUAAAGCUGACUGUAACAUUAACUGUAAGUUUAGUGUUAUACUCAUAAUUCUCAUAAUAAUAUUUUCAUAUUAUUCUCCUCAUAUUUGACCCGAUAAUACUCCUUGUCAAGUUCUGUCAGUGAUGUCAUAUUCCGGGUGCACUCAGAGCGAGGUCAAACCUCAAAACCGAAAAGACUUCCUUGGGAGGAAACACCUGCUUGUCCCGCGCUGAGAGCGAACAACUUCUAACGUCUCCUCCGCGAUGAAUUUAAAAGAAAAACAAGGAGGUGGUGGAGAGAGUGAGGAGAGAUUUUGUGAAUCCUGGAGCGUUGGGAUGCAUGCCAGUUCUCUUUUAUAUAUAUGUCAUUGUUUAGUACUGUGUUCACACAAAUGUAGCCAUUGUAGAAGCCCCACCGUUUCCUGCACGCUUGCUGAGCCGCGGCUGCACUUUGGCCCCGACGCCCUACGAGGAACCGCUCGGAAAAACCAAGCGCUUUUUUUCCCAGCUGUUUGAAGUUGCUGGGAGUCAAUGUUGGAGAUUUGUAGUUGGGCUCUACUGGAUACCUUUCAAGUGAGACUUGUUGUGUAGUAUUAUGGGAUGGAUGCAGGAUAAAUGCAUGUGGGGGGUGUUCUGCAGUGGCUACCAUAGUGUCUACCUGGCAGCACAGCUGGUACAACACCGUCUCCUGUCACUACGGACCAAACCGAACCUCAGAGUUCAGUGCACAAUGAGGACGACACGCACAACUUUUCUACUCAAAUGCAUGGUUUCAAAAUGUGUUUGAAUGUUGACGCCUGUCCGAUAUUACUCUGUCAGAGUCGGUGUGUGUCCAGUAUAGCAAAAUCAAGCUUAUCAUUAUCUUUACCACUGUAUGUGAGUUGUGGAAAUAUGACAAAACGAUAGCACCAUCUUGUGGCUUUUGGUGUUUCAGUCACACAUGUACGUUUAAAUUCUGUGAUGCAACAGCUGCAACACGCUUGUUGUCGUCGAAAACUUUCACUCAGAGACAAAUUAUUGGAAUUUAUUUCAUUGAAUAUUCAAUAACCCGUUCCCCAGUGUACAAAUACUUUUUUUUUUUUUUUUUUUUUUUUACAUGUACUGUACUUCACUGUUUAUAACACUGACAACAUAAACGCAGAAUUCAUGUAACUCAUGCAUCAUGUUUAGUUUUCCUGUAAUCUUUCAGCUCUGAUAAGUCUUGAAUCUAAUAAUUCACAAUGUAAAUGAAGCUACAGAAUGGGCAACAGUGCCUCCAAAAGGGGGCGCCGUGCAGCUGCUAUGGAUUUGGCCUUUAAACAGUCCUUAUGCAUGAACAUUUUGCCUGUGCAUUUUCAUACUAAAGAUAAUAUGUGACUUUAAUCAUCCACAUUUGAAGGCUUUCAUUCCAGACUCUUUGUCAGUAAAUUGUUUUUAAUGCUCAUAUU